AUGAGCGAGGAUUCGAUAAUAUUACAUGAAAAAUAUGGUAUAAAUGGGGAUACAUUAUAUUACAAAAAAGGUUCAAAUACAAUUGUCUGUCAAAAGUGUAACUUUUCAUUCCAGAAGCUUUUUUUGAGUGUGUUGAAUUUUUUCAAGCAAAUCGUGUUGCCGCACGGCUACCCUACAAGCGUUAGCGAGGACUAUUUGGAGUAUCAAUUAUGGGACACUGUGCAAGCAUUUUGCAGCACAAUUACAAAUGCUUUUACCACCAGAGCUAUUUUGAAGGGCAUGGGGGUCGGAAAUGCUGAGGCUACAGCCCUGUCUGCCACAGUGGCAUGGAUUUUAAAGGACGGCACCGGCAUGAUUGGAAGGAUAUUGUUUGCUUGGUGGAAAGGGUGUGAUUUGGAUUUUGAUUGUAAAAAAUGGAGGUUCAUGGCUGACAUUAUAAAUGAUAUGGCAAUGGCAAUAGAAAUAUUUAUCCCAAUAUAUUUUGAAUACUCAAUGCAAAUUUUAUGUGUAACUUCAGUGUUAAAAUCUAUUGUUGGGGUGGCAGGUGGCGCCACUAGGGCUUCCAUAACCCAUCAUCAAGCAAUUAAAGAAAACAUGGCUGAAAUUUCAGCAAUCGAUGGCAAUCAGGAAACAUUGGUCAAUUUGGUUGCCAGUAUGCUCAGUAUUUUCUUAUUAAGCGUUUUUGAUAAUAGAAGCAUGGAAUUGGUGUUUAUUUUUGCCUUGAUGAGUGUACAUUUACUAGCCAACUAUAAAGCUGUAAAAUCCAUAGUCUUUAAAAAAUUCAAUAAGCAAAGAUUGGUGAUACUUUUAAAAAGUUACUACAAUUUGGGUGUAAUUUUGAAUCCUAAACCUGUAAAUAAUAUGGAAACUGUGAUAUUAGGCUUUGGUCUGAAUGAUGUGCAAUUUUGCGGUUUUGAAAUUAAAAUGGGUCAAUCAGUAAAGGAAAUGUCAAAAUCGUACAUCCCAGAGGAAUUAAGUCAGCAUUUGCUAAAUUUUGAAGAUAAACCAUACUUUAUACUGCCCAAUGUAAAAUCUGGCACCAUACAUGUUUGUUUUGAGAAAGUUGAAAGUACCAAGGAAAUUAUAGAAGCCUACUUUUACGCUAGUUUACUGGCUAUUGCUAUUUGUUGGUAUUAUGAGACUGAUGUGGAUGUUAUUCCCAAAAGAUAUUUGCACCAAACUACUCCAAUGUCAAGAUUAAAUACUUUGAUGAGAUCAUAUGAAAGGCCCCCAAAUGAUUUAUACAACAUUCCAAUAUCUUUUCAUUCAACAUUUAGACAAUUUAUCAACUCUGAACUAAAAAUGUUCUUCACUGUGUUAGAUCUUAAAGAAUGGGACUUGAAAUCAAGCGAAAUUUGUGUGGGGGAUUACAGAACCCAAUGGAAAAUGUACUUGAAAAAGAAUGUAUAA